CUGAUGUGUUCUUGAAGUUGAUUGACACUCCGCGACCACCCGGGCGAAAAGAUACUCUUGGAUCUUUUGGAUCUUUCUUUGAGAGCCAAUGGUCACACAACAACCAUUCCGGGUGUAUUGCUCUAUGAUUAUAACAGUGCAACAGAAACUCGACUGACCAACACAUCCAACCAACAGUCAAUCUGCAGCACGACAAACGAAAUAAUGCAACGGCGUCCCUUUUCGGUUCUUGUGGCAUCUUCCUUAUUGAUUCGUUCUUCCUCUGCCUUUCUCCAACCCCCACAAAGAACCAUCAUGUCGGAUCGUCACCGCCCAUUUACAGAGCUCUUUGCUUCUUCAUCUUCCUCCGAUACCAAGGUCCAUCGCAUUCUCUGCUAUGGCGACUCGCUGACGGCAGGAACUUCCUCGCCCAUGUGGGAAUUGUUUCCUUAUGCGCCGCAUUUGGAACGAGCUCUUACUACUGGCGACACUGCACUAAAAUGCGUGGCACGGCACCGCGGCAUGCCGGGAUGGUUGGCAUCCAACAUGGUCGACGCGGCCGAUGAUCCGACAGUGGGAUUGCGUGCGGCCAUUCAGGGCAUUACCAAUCCAUCCCUCUGUUGUGUCAUUAUCCUGGCGGGAACCAACGAUUUGGGGUAUGCGGCUUCUGGCAAUGACAAUCCCGCCGCCACGGUACUAGAACCCAUCAAGGCAUUGCACGAAAUGGCAUGGAAGGAAGGAGUGCCUAAAACCAUUGCCAUUGCCAUUCCACCAUCGGGAUAUCAAAGUCGAGUGGCCGAUGCCAGUUUUUUGGCCAUGGCCAUCAAUCAAGAAUUGGAAGCAUUUUGUCAAGAGUCCAACGGAAAGGCACUCUUUUGCAAAUUCCCCUUUGAAUACGAACCAGCCGGUGACAAUUGCGCUCCGGAUGGACUUCACUUUAGUCCCAAGGGAUAUCAGGUAUUGGGAGAGUACCUGAAAGAACCCGUAUUACAAGUGCUCAAGGAUCUGUAGCUAUUAGUACCGCACCCGUGGCAUUAACAAACGACAACAAGCCGGCAGUUAGCUUGGCAAAUUGGAAUGAACGAAUUGGGCACUACCGCAGUGUCUAUUUAGUUGAAAAUGAAAAUGCAAUUGUGUGCUUUAAAGUUAUGAAACUGGUGAACUUGGUGCGUUGUCCAUCCUUAAGGGACCAGUAACAAGGGCGGGAUGUUGCUCCAUGGCGUCUACCGGUAUGGAAUACAAUUCACUACAGCGGUCGUAGACAUUUCACACCGCAGCGACACGAGAAUGCCAACAACUGGUUGGUCACACCAUAAAGUUAUCAGUAGCUGCAGUAUUCUUC